AGUAGUAGUAUAAUUAAAAAAUAAAAAAUUGGAACCAGUUGUUCGUUCGAUCGACCAGACCGGUUGCUUGCUUAGUUGUCGCAGCUUUGACGAACGAGUCUACACCUACCUUCACCUGCAACGUUUUCCCCAUUCUCAAAUUCAAUUCUUUAUUUACUGCAAAUCCAAAUCAUCCACCAUUAAUCUUCGCCAUGGCCACCACAUCUCAGGCUCACCUCUUCUGCUUCUCCGCCGCUCAUACCACUCUUCAUCUCCGGACCCGCUCGCUUCCAUAUCUUUCCUUUCGCCCCUCCAAGUUAUCAGUUGCUAUGAGUCUGGAGAGGCAGGAUGCAGAAACUGCUGAUUUUGACACAAAAAAUACACUAAGUUAUGCAGCCGUUGAAUCGAAAUUGAACGUCGAAGAAAAACAGCCGUCAUAUUCAACAAUAGAAGAAAAUGGCACGGAAAAAAUAGGAUUAGGAGAGGCAGUGCAGGAAGGUGUUGAUCAGCAGAAAAAGACUGCGAAAAUUCAUGAUUUUUGUUUUGGCAUUCCUUUUGGUGGAUUUGUUUUAACCGGAGGCAUUAUUGGAUUCCUUUUUUCACGGAGUCCUGCAACACUGGCCAGUGGUGUGCUCUUUGGUGGUGCUUUACUAUUCCUCAGCACUCUUAGCUUGAAGGUCUGGAGGCAAGGAAAAUCGAGUUUACCAUUCAUUCUAGGACAAGCAGCAUUGUCAGGGAUCCUUAUCUGGAAGAACUUCCAGAGCUACUCACUGGCAAAGAAAAUAUUUCCAGCAGGAAUCAGUGCUAUUAUAAGUUCUGCAAUGCUCUGCUUUUAUUUAUAUGUGCUCGUCUCCGGAGGCAACCCCCCACCAAAGAAAAAGCCAUCUGCCAGCAUUGCAUGAUGAGAUAGUCAAAGGUUAUGUUAGCCUAUAGAGCCUGAGAGAUAUAGUUUCUUAUUUUUCUGUUUUUGUGAAUCAAAAUAAGGUUGUAAGCUAAUUUAUCCAAGUCACUUUUGGAGGCAGGUCAGCUAAGAGUUGCCAAUGUGAUUAUUGCAUUAGAUUCCUAGGCAUAUAGUGGAUUAUAUAUUAUGUGAAAGUUGGUGGAAAAGCUUAUUUGCUUGUUACAACUACAUACAUAGGUUGGAGGCUGACUACAUUGUGUAACGGCCCGAUUUUCAGAAUUUUUAAUUAUUUAAGAUUUAGCUAA